GCGGUCCCGCCGGCGCUCGCGGUCUCCCAGGAACAUGGAGACGCCGGGCGCCCGUCCGGAAGGGUUCCAGACCCAAGGGCAGCUGUGCUGGAGUCCUGUGUGCCCCUGACCAGGCACCCCACCGCCCCUGCAGCCCACCCAGACCCAGAGCUCACCUCCAGGACCUGGAGCCUGCCCUCCUGCCCAGAAUGACUCACCAUUAUUUCUAGCUCAAGCGCAGAGACGUGAUGGGGAGCCGGGCUGCCUGUUUGUGGAGCUAGGAUUCCCUGACCAUCUAAUCAGCUUUGCAAGGAAGAGAGCUCCAGAUCCCUGCCUUGCCAGCCAAGCUGUGUCGCUGGCUCUCUGGGAGCCCUCGGGGCUCUCCGCAGGAGCCCAGGCCCAUGCUCCGGUGUCUCCUGGGGCCACCAGCAGCACCUUGAGCUCCCUGCCGCCAGGCAGCUGGAAGGCGUAGCGUGAGGCGCUUCUCUCAGUCCCAACUAUGACAGUGGCCACCGGAGACCCAGCGGACGAGGCUGCUGCCCUCCCUGGGCACCCGCAGGACACCUAUGACCCAGAGGCCGACCACGAGUGCUGCGAGAGGGUGGUGAUCAACAUCUCGGGGCUGCGGUUCGAGACCCAGCUAAAGACCUUGGCCCAGUUCCCAGAGACGCUCUUAGGGGAUCCGAAGAAGCGGAUGCGGUACUUCGACCCCCUGCGGAACGAGUACUUUUUUGACCGGAACCGCCCCAGCUUUGAUGCCAUCCUCUACUAUUAUCAGUCCGGAGGCCGGCUGAGGCGACCUGUGAAUGUGCCUUUGGACAUAUUCUCAGAAGAAAUUCGAUUUUAUGAGCUGGGAGAGGAGGCGAUGGAGAUGUUCCGGGAAGAUGAAGGCUACAUUAAAGAGGAAGAGCGGCCCUUGCCCGAAAAUGAGUUCCAGAGACAGGUGUGGCUUCUCUUCGAGUACCCGGAGAGCUCCGGGCCUGCCCGGAUUAUAGCUAUCGUGUCGGUCAUGGUGAUCUUGAUCUCCAUCGUCAGCUUCUGCCUGGAAACGCUGCCCAUAUUUCGGGACGAGAACGAAGACAUGCAUGGCGGCGGAGUGACCUUCCACACCUACUCCAACAGCACCAUCGGGUACCAGCAGUCGACCUCCUUCACUGACCCCUUCUUCAUCGUGGAGACCCUCUGCAUCAUCUGGUUCUCCUUUGAGUUCCUGGUGAGGUUCUUUGCCUGUCCCAGCAAAGCCGGCUUCUUCACCAACAUCAUGAACAUCAUCGACAUCGUGGCCAUCAUCCCCUACUUCAUCACCCUGGGGACGGAGCUGGCUGAGAAGCCAGAGGAUGCCCAGCAGGGCCAGCAGGCCAUGUCGCUGGCCAUCCUCCGUGUCAUCCGGCUGGUAAGAGUCUUUAGGAUUUUCAAGCUGUCCAGACACUCCAAAGGUCUCCAGAUCCUAGGUCAGACCCUCAAAGCCAGCAUGAGAGAGUUGGGUCUCCUGAUCUUCUUCCUCUUCAUCGGGGUCAUUCUUUUCUCUAGCGCUGUCUAUUUCGCUGAGGCCGAUGAACGAGACUCCCAGUUCCCCAGCAUCCCGGAUGCCUUCUGGUGGGCAGUCGUCUCCAUGACAACUGUAGGCUAUGGAGACAUGGUCCCAACAACCAUUGGGGGAAAGAUAGUGGGUUCCCUGUGUGCGAUUGCAGGUGUGUUAACCAUUGCCUUACCGGUCCCUGUCAUAGUGUCCAAUUUCAACUACUUCUACCACCGGGAGACAGAGGGAGAGGAGCAGGCCCAGUACUUGCAAGUGACCAGCUGUCCAAAGAUCCCAUCCUCCCCUGACCUAAAGAAAAGUAGAAGUGCCUCUACCAUUAGUAAGUCUGACUACAUGGAGAUCCAGGAGGGGGUGAACAACAGUAACGAGGACUUUAGAGAGGAAAACUUGAAAACAGCCAACUGCACUCUGGCUAAUACAAACUAUGUGAACAUUACCAAAAUGUUAACCGAUGUCUGAUUGCAACCUAGUCACAUACUCACAAGCUCAAUGGAACUAAAUGCAGAUAUUGCAUAAGAGCCUGCAUUGUAGUCAGUCUGUUCCACAGUGUGUAUCUGGUUCUGCAUGGAAAGCAAUAGUCGUGCAAGUGACUUUUGAACUUUUGAUUUUUGAUUUAGAACACAGAAUAGCUAUUCAUGGCUUUCAUGUGAAUCUUCCUCACCGGCCUAGGGGUUUCCAAAGAUGGGAGUCACCUAUGGAGCCAGGAUUUGAGGCCACCUCAUAGCACAUACGUAACCCGCCACAUGAGAUCCACCUUCCCUUCCUGAUUCAAUGCACACAACACAGUUUCCAGGAGGUGCGCCCCCCGCCCCCACCCACCUGAGCCCACCUGCACGGAGGAGAACUGUGGUGGCUUAGCUUUAGAGUGCUGGUAAUUAUUCCAGAGGUCGUUCCCAUUUUGCACUGAAAAGAACACACGGUCCUGUGUGUCGGAAUUCCUGUCUUUGUCACAGGCUGGGGUCUGCGAAUCGCAGCUGCCAAGUAUAUGCUCCGGAGGCUUGUGUUUCAUAACGGAAAAUGCUGCAUUUGGUUUGGUUUGGUUGGUUUUUUUUUUUUCUCUGCAGUGUCGAUGAGAGGGAAGCCCGGGGGAGGGACAGUUAGUGUGACCGAUUGUGAGUCGUCAAGUUUCACAUUUGCUCCCUUAGGCCUUUGGGGAGAAGCUAACAAACCCAGGGGCCUCUCUGCUUCAGAUUUCGCCAUUUUCGCAGGCUUCAGGGUCGCAGAAGCACAUCCGAUCUCUUCAUGACACGGGAGUUUGCAGACAUCUGCUUCCCUGGUGCUGUGGCCCGGCCAUGCUGACGCUGCAGUGACAUUUUCCAGUGAUGCGACAGAGCUGCAUGGGUGUUUGUUGCAUGACUCUCAAUAUUUAAAACACAGGAGAUAACCUAUUUCCUUAGUAGCCUACACAGUAUUCACAUUUAGAGUAUAUUUAAAGCCUCGGGGUGGCAUGGAACUAGGGGGGUUUUCCCCAUCGGAAGAUAAAAGCCCUCAGUCAGGAGAGAAGAAAAGAGGCUAUUUGGAAUGGGGACCCAAAACUUCUGGCCCUCUAGCCCACCCCCUGCCUGUCCUUCCAGAUGGGGGCACAGACCUCCGCAAAGCCAGAAGAGUGAGUGGGGGAGGCGGCAUCUAAGCACCUCACAGGACUGCACCUUAGGAAUUACCUGAGCCGUGGGCAUGACUGUACAGCCAACCAGGGCAUCUGGUCCUGAGGAAGGCGGAUCUGUGGAUCCAGUGUGUGUGCGUGUGUGUGUGUGUAUACACACACACACACGCACACACACACCUAUAUAUAUAUAUAAACAUAUAUCACGUAUCUCUUUCCCAAGUUCCCCUACCUAGCUAGCUCUAGAAACAAUUGCAUUGGAACCUUGUAUAAGCUUAUGCAAUAUUUUUGACACAGGGCAAUUUAUGCAUGUGUUUGACUAUGUGCACUAUAGAGUAUGUAUGUAUAUGUACACAUAUACAUACGUGUGUGUAUGUUUAUAUGCACACACACUCACCUAGAUAUUCACUCUCUGGAGUUCAGGUUCAGGAGCAGACCCACCGCUUGAUGGGCUGGGUAUCUAAGAGGCCUCAUGGGUUCGUCGGUCGCUUUGGUAACGCCACCGGGCCUGGGUUUGCUGCCAUUGCCUCAGACACUCCAGUCUCCAUGGAUUCUUAGACGUUAGAAUUGUCUUUCCGCCCUCCACGUGCUGCAGCUUCAGCUUGCCACGGCUGAGGCUUGUCUUACCGAGUGCACAAGGGCCCCGCGGCACUCACGGCUCCAGCUGUCCUGGGCCAGCUCUGCCCCAGGCCUCCUCUCUACCGUCCCUCGUGGAAACCAUCUCCCUUCUCGUCUUUCCCUACCCCAUUCAGUUUUCAUUGUCACUGGCUCUGCAUCGGUCACUUUCACGAACCUUUCCCCAGAGGGCAAGGGUGGAUCGCCCGCUUUGAAACCAAGGACACCAGGGAGGAGGGCUCUGGGGACCCAAUGCCACAGGUCUGGACCUAAAGGGAGCCGCCCCUACAGGGAAGUUUCUAAGGCCCAGGUCCAAUGCGGGGGAGUCCCCAGAUGAUCCUCAGGCAUCGUUUUGAUUCACAGGCUCAGACUCGCUCCCUAUUGAAUUGACAACCAGAGCUGUUUCGGCAAGCCAAAGGGUGGGGAGAGAAUCGGUCCCCCGCGCCGCCCCCGGGAGAGGUUGAGAGUGACCGAGCCCCACACAGCCUCCAGGCAGAGUGCAGGCUGGCCCUGGGACGGGAGGAGGUGGGGAGGCUUGGCCUCAAUGCCCGGGCUUCUUGGCCUUUCAGCAGAGCAGCUGAAGUUCCGCAGGCACAUUGAGCUGUGAGGUCAGGCUGCCCGACCAUGGCUGCAGCCCAGGCCUCGCUUUGCUGAGGGCUUUUCGGCGCCUAUGGCCACCUUGGGGGUGGGGCACCAGCUCAGGGUGCUAGGCCCAGGGUGCUCAUUAGUUCCUGGUCACCCACAUCCCCAGGUGUCUGCAGGCUGUCCCAGGCCCAGCGCAAAGCCUCUGUGCUUCUCUUCCUCUCCUCACGGGAGGCGGUGCUGAAUUUCCAAGACACAGGGCAGGAGGGACCCAACCCGUAACUAAAGCCAAGGUCAAGGGUGGAGAUUUUAUCCCGUGUCCCCGACCUGUACCUUUAAAAUGUUCACACUCACAGGCACGCGUGCAGGCACACCCACCACAGAGAGGUACACUGUUGCCACAUGCAAAGGCAAAACAUGCGACACACGUGCAAGAUACAGAGACCAAAUUAAGGAAAAGGGCACACAAAGAAGAUACAUGGUUAUACGCAUAGCCAAGUUAUGCAUAUGCAACACAGACGUAAAAUGGACUUCAUAGCACAGAACAUAAACAAAAGACCUACACACACCAAAUGCAAAGACAUGGCCUGCUGCCCAGGUACAACUACACAAAAACUACACAAACACAAUGAAUCUGCCUACAGAAUACAUAAAGGGUAGUUUACUAUUGUUUCUGGAUGCAAAAUACACACAAACCCAGUUUAAACACACGAUGCAUUUACUCAUACAAAGCACGAAAUACACAGCAUGCACAACCAAGAACAUACACUACACAUGAAAUGUGUACACGUACUCAGAUCCACUCCUCUACCCCCAGACCUCUACAUGAAUAGGCGUAAACAGAAGAUCAGAUUGAAUCACCUUUCCCUCGCCUGUGUCUCUACCCUUCAGGAUCCUUCAAGAAGUUUCUUUUUCUAGUCUCCUCUCUCCCUCUCACCCCCACCCUUCCAAGAAGUAAGCCCCAAAGUUAAAGCAGAAAGAUGGGUCACCCAUUGUCAAGAAUAUCUCUGAUUGGGACUGGGACUCCCAUGGGGCCUCCACCUAUUCACCUUCCUCCCACCAGAAACCUGGGCUCAGAGUGUGGAAGGACCUGGGACAGCAAGUGACCUAUUAAUACACCUCCUUGCCAUCCCCUUUCCUUCAAAGCCCCUCUGCACAGAGAGCCCAGCAGCCUGGGCUUCCCAGCUCCUAGCCCCUGGGGUCUCUAGAUUCCAUUCUUUUAAAAGCAGCAAUGGUCCGAGAAACUGCAGGGUCCUGGGUCCAGAACCACAGUGAAGAUGCCCACCAUACUUUCAGUCCACAGACCUUAUUGCCUCUUAGGUGGCUUUGUGGGGACCCGGUCAGCAAGUUGAGACUACGUACAGAUUUAUCUUUUAAAAUGAGCAUCCUUCACUUGCUUGUGGUGUCUCAUUUGCUCGUGGGCAUGAGCCCAGUGGGGUCAACCCCUGAGUCCCCUCGGUGGGCGCUCCACCCCAGGCAUGCUCCUCCCCCUCACUGGCCUCUACCUGGAUGCCCUGCCUCCCUCCCAAUCGCUGCGCCUCAAGGAAACGCGCACCAAUCCGGCUUAAGUAAAACAUGGCUAAAGCCAUACACCUAAUGCUACGCAAGCAAAUGACAAUUUUUAAAAGGGUCUGACUUCGAUCCCAUAUUCCAAGGCCUGAUUUAAAUGCUUUGUAAGAUGACUGGCUGUUUCGGGUUGCCCAUAGAGCCGGUGACUUCCCGCCAGGUGGACUAGCUGGGAGCUGGGCACGUUUUGGCCAAGCCUUCCCCUCAAACGGAGGUUGGGGUUUGAAGUCAGGUGUCAGAUCAUGCAUCAUGGUCUCUACUCCUGUAGGUGUGUUGCACGCUUCGCUCAUCGGUCACAGCUCUGGGUCUCCAUGGAGGAAGGCAACAACAGCAGGGACCAGGUGCCUCGGUCCCGAUUUGCAUGUUUAGUGCAAAAAUGCUGGCCUUUCGAGUAUUUCCAAGCCAAGAUAGCCAUUUUCCCUGUAGGUUCAGCAGGUGCCUCCACAGGAUCAACCUUUCAAGAAAGUUGGCGUUUUCAGGAGGCUAAAGAGAAAGAGGUUCAGGGAAGGUGGGCAGGUCGUCGGGAAGAGAGGGUUGCUGAGCUGGACAGAUUUCAGAGUAGGCUUCAGGAGCCAAAUUUAAUGAAGGACAGAAUUAAGGCUUGGGGCUUCCUGGGGCUUCCGUGGUGUCUGACGCUCUCUCUUCCCUCCUCUCUGCUGCCUCCCUCGUCCCUCUCAGCUCGGGCCCCUGAAGACAGAGUAGGAGUGUCACCAGGGAGUCCCUUUUUAAAGGGGCCUCACGGGAGUGUGUCUCCAGAGGCCAUGGGCUGAUGUGCAAAUGCCUUCCAUGACCCAGAGCCUCCGGAGGCCCUGUGUGGGGAGCGCUGUGGGCCUUGCUCGUCCUGUGUCCUUUCUGGAUCUCUCACUCCAUUGUCGCGAGGUCUUUGGCCAACUGCCUUCCUCAUGGUUGGUCGUAACUAUCAGGGCCCACCUAUAUGGGGAGUCUCGGGCUGGGGGCUCAGUGCUGCCCAGAGUAGUGGAGAGGAGAGGCGGAAGCUGACUCUCUCCAAAGGAAGCUAUAGGACACUUAGCCAGUUCCAUAGGAGGUGGCUCUGUACCCCCAUGCUGGGCAGGAAGGGCACGGUACUUGGAACCGUUAACCCAGGAGUUGGGGACAGGGAGCCCCGCUCCAGUUCUGGCUCCCCCAGGGGCCACUGCGCUGAGCUUUCCUCUGGGGGAUGCCGCCCGGUCUGAGAGGGCGGGUCCGCGUGGGCUGUAAUGCCCAGGGCGCUCCUUGGGCAGCACAAUGGAGCCUCCCCUAGUGCUGGCAGAGUGGCCAUUUCCAGGUGUGAUCCAAUGACCUUAAAAAGAUCAUAAGCCACCUGAGCCCACGGGCAGGGCACAGGAUUCCAGGAGGUGACCCAAUAGCUACUGUGACCGUCAUCUCUAUCCUCAGACUUGGCCCUCGUUGAGACAAGCCCUGUUCCCCCAUCAGAGCGGCAAGCGGGGACAAGUGGGGGUGGCGGGUCCCCUGCGAGCUGGGACGGGUCUCUUCCUCACACGAAUCGAGUUCACUUUUCCCUUCCUUUUGCUCCCCUUCCCCCCAAAGCUCAGCUCCAUCUCUCAUCGUUUGUGUUUGAAUAUUUUUAAAGAGGAAAAGUGCAAUAAAAUCAAUAGUGACUGUUUUCUUUAGCAAUAGCUAUUUCAAAAUCUUGUUCUCAGGACUGCAAAGCGAUAGUACCUGGAUGAGGAGGUAAUGCCCUUUGGCUUCUGGCCGCUCAUUCACUGUCUCUAUAGUUCUCUCUAGUUGCCCCAAGGUCGCGCGCCUCCUGUCCUAAGGCUCUGACCCUCCUGGAAUGUAAACCCUGCUGAGGCACAGUGUACGCACAAGGGAGGUGAGGGAGAAGACUGCCUUUGUCACUGGUCUCCUUCCCGUGUGUACCUCUGUCCGCCCCUGAGUGCAUCUCUGUCCCUGUCUCGCUGCCCCGCCCCCUUUCUGCCUGCCCUCCCAGGGUGUUCUCACAACCUCUAGGAGGGACCUCCCGGCAGCCCGCCCCCUUGACUUCCAGCCAGCCUGGAAGCGGUAAGGAAUGCCUGCGGAGAGCGCUCCCCAGCAGAUAGGAAUAAAGCAUCCUGAGCCGGGACAGAAGGUCAUUUCCACGACCUGAAAGCCAUUACUUGAUCCAUUUGUUUCCUUUCCUCCCCUCCCCCAGAGAAAUGGAUGCUGGGGGAAUGUGGCCUGGAGUUCGAACCUGGGAUCGGCAGCCCAGGCAGGUUUGGGGCAUCGCCCUCUGGCCAUCCUUCAAAAUAAGCUGACUUGCUUUUAACCAAAGGGACUCCAUGAGAGCCGUGGAGGGAAACAAGUUAUUGUGGUUAGAGGUCGAUAGGGCGAGAAAUUGCGGUGGUUCGGACCUAACAUUGGUGACAUAGAGACCCCCACCCCCCACCCACUACGGCGUGCAGUUGCACAAAUAUUUGCACACGUAACGAGGG